GUGUUUUCCGCAUUCCCCGACCGCUUUCGAGCUUCAGGGCCGAGCUGACGGCGCAGCGCGGACUUUCCAGGACUCUGAUCUGAGAGGAGCGAGCAGGGACACAUCCAGGACGGGACAGACUCGGUCCAGGAGAACAUCCGAGCUGGAGCUGGACCGUCGCGCUGUGCGGGGACACCGGGCUUCACAGGUUCUGCUGCUGCUGCUGCUGAGGCCACAUCCAUGUCCAUGGUCCAGCUUUGGUUUAUGGAAAAUCUGGACAACCAUGAACCCCUUGAUGUUGACGGUUAAAUAGCCAGCAGAGGACCACGGUGAAGCGAACCAACAUGGCUGUCUUCAAGCCUGAGAAUGUGGAAGACUUCUACGAGAUCAUGGAAGUCCUGGGAAGUGGGCACUUCGGUCAGGUUCGACGGGCUUGUGAGCGGACCUCUGGGACUUGUUGGGCGGCCAAAUUCAUGAAGGUUCGGAAGAGCGCGUGCAGCCGUCUGGGCAUGGACCGGAGCAGCGUGGAGCGAGAGGUGGAGAUCCUCCAGGCCGUACAGCAUCAGAACAUCGUGACCCUGAAAGACGUUUUUGAGAGUCGAGCAGAGGUGGUGCUGAUUCUGGAGCUCGUUAGUGGAGGGGAGCUGUUUGACUUCAUUGCUGAGAAGGAGAACCUGCUGGAGACUGAAGCCAUUGAGUUCAUGAAGCAGAUCCUGGCAGGACUGGGCUUCAUGCACAGCAAGAACAUCGCCCAUUUUGAUCUCAAGCCAGAAAACAUCAUGCUAUCAGACAAAGUGUCAUCACAUCCUAACAUCAAGCUCAUUGACUUUGGCCUCGCCCACUUUUUCAAUCCGGGGGAGGAGUACAGGAGCACAAGUGGCACUCCACAAUACAUCGCCCCCGAGGUGAUCAACUGUGAGCCUCUGAGUACGGCAGCAGAUAUGUGGAGCAUCGGAGUAAUUACCUACAUACUAUUGAGUGGUUUGUCACCAUUCCAAGGGGACUCUAAUGAAGAGACCCUGAGGAAUAUCAUUGCGAUGACGUAUGACUUUGACGAGCGCUAUUUCAGUACCACCAGCUCCAUGGCCAAAGACUUCAUCCAGAAACUCUUGGUGAAAAAUCACAAUGACAGAAUGACAGCGGAGGAGUGUCUGCUCCAUCCAUGGAUUAAGCCCCUCACACGCAAACAGGCGGCCAAUAGGAAUCGAUCCUCGAUCAAUAUGAAGACUUUUAAGAAGUUCAACGCCAGAAGGAAAUGGAAAAUGUCCUUCAACAUGGUGUCAAUAUGCAACCGGCUGGUAAAUCUGAAAAUGUGUAAGGUCAGCUCAGAAGCAGAUCCGCUACAGAGACAAUGUGAAAGCGACGUGGAGGACACAGAGAGCAAGCCUGCCUCUCUGCUGCGCCGAAGACUCAGCAGCAGCUCCUAGAAUCACAGCAGACACUGCUCGUCUAUGGAGGGGUGUUUAUGAAUGAUCCUCAGAGAUGUUUGUGUGGCGUCUCUGGAUGGUUCAGUGUUUGGAACACUUAUCAUGAAUGUAAGAAUGUGUGGAUGGGUGAUGAUGUGGGAGAACUCUGGAUAGACCUGUAUUUCUUAUAUUCCUAAGAUGUCCUAUUGAGCUUCUCUACUGAACCCAAAAACUCAUUUUUGCCUUUUUCUUUAAUCCUUGAGUCGAAUGUUUUUAUUGUCAAAUGCAGAUUUGUAGACUUAUAAAAUGCAGCUGGAUUAGAAUUGCCUUAUAUGCUAUGUUGAUGGUCAAUAAAGUUAUUUAAGAGAAUAAAGACACACUUUAUAUUCACCAGGGUUCAUACAGCUACUGCAGGCACGUUCAGCACACCUAAACUAAGAAAUCCUCAAUCCAAGGUCUUUCUGACACUUCACACAUUCAGAGGUUGAAGGGUUAGCUACAGCAUGUUCCCCUGGUCUGGGACACAAGAUUAGAACUUCUCGUAGACUAAUUGUAGCAACUGGACCUGCUUCCUACUGGCUUCUCUCCACUGGCUCCCUGUCCGGUUAAGAAUAGAUUUUAAGGUUUUACUGAUCACUGUAGAUCCUCGGGUGGGUUCCUCCUGAUCGCUCCAAAGGUGACCAGGCCUUUUCUGUGAGGGCCCCUUGGCUUUGGAACCACCUAGCUGAGGAAAUAAGGCCCGCAGAUUCAGUAUCUUCUUUUAAAUCACUCAUUAAAACGCACUUUUAUAGACUGGCUUUUGUUCUCUUUUAUUUCUCUUUUAGAUUUUCUUCUCCCUUUAUAUCAGUACCACCUGCUGUCCGUCUCUCUUUUCUCUUUUCCUUAAUCUACUUUUAUCUUCAGCUUUUAUCUUAACUCCCCUCUGUGAUGUCGUCUUUUUAAUCAGUUUUACUAGUUUUAUUAUCAUACACCUUCCAAUAGUGACCCAGCCUGCUGUGUUUCAUUUUUAUUGUGUGUAUUUUUGUAUUUUUUUGAGUGUUUGCCGGCACUUUUUAUUCACAUUGUUGUUUUCUUGUGUCGCCUCAUCUCACUGUGUGUUGUAUUUCUAUAUCAUGUAAAAGCACUUUGUCAAUUCUGUUCUUAAAGGUGCUACACAAAUAAAGUUUAUUAUAUUAAUGUUA